CACACACCAUCGGCUCUGAUGCUCGCAGUCUUGUUGGACCCGAAUCUGCUCAUGGCCUUCGGCGCGGUACCGUGGAACGAUGACAUCACCGCGUGACAGUCUCCACUCGCUGCGCGUGAGCUGAUCGAUCACACAUCAGCUGGCCCAGUCCUCCUAGUGGUCCCAGUGGAGUCCAGAUGCUGCCAGCCUCCAUCCAGAUAACUGGGGAGCUGCUGUCCGCGGCUGAGGUCCAGGACAUCUGUGAGAGCCUGAAGGAGGACGGCGUCCGGCUGCUGUCUGUCCGCGGCUGCCAGCUCUCUGACCGCGAUUUCGGCCGCUUCUGCCGCAGCGUCGCCGAGUCGCGCUCGUUGGCCCAACUCAACCUGAACCUGGGCGUGGUCUCCAGCAUCAGCCGGACGCGCCACCUGGCCGACGCCCUGAAGACCAACCGCUCCCUGCAGACGCUGUUCCUCCACGGUUCCCCGCUGCUGGACGCCGGACUGGUGGCCCUAAACCCGGCCCUGUCCACCCACCCGUCCCUAGUAUGUCUGGAUCUGGGAGACUGCAUGCUGGGAGAGGAGGCGCUGGCUCUGAUUUGCGGGAUGCUGCCGCCGGAUGGAGCCAAAUCAGGUCUAAGGGAGCUGACUCUGAGUGCUAAUCCCCGGAUCAGCUCCAAAGGCUGGGCUCGUUUUGCCAUCGCUGUGGCUCACAGCUCGCAACUCCGAGUGCUGAACCUGGACUACAACCCACUGGGAGAUCAGAUUGCAGCAAUGCUGGCAGUUGCUGUGGCAUCUAGCAGAACCCUGGAGGUCCUGGACCUGGAAGGAACUGGACUUACCAACCAGUCUGCACAGGUGUUCCUGGACAUGGUGGAGAACUACCCAACUAGCUUACGGGUUCUGGUUCUGGCUGAGAAUGACAUUAGUCCUGAGCUGCAACAACAGAUCAGUGACCUGCUGUCUGAAGGAGAGGAAGAAGACAACAGGGAGGUCCCACCUCCGCUGGGAGGCCACGCCCCCAGCAGUGCUCUCCAGCCAAUCAGAGAGAAGCACCAGCCCCUCACCUGGGUCCCCCACAGCAACUCCAGACCCACGAUGGUCAUGCUGACGUCAGAUCUAGGUGAGACCUUAUUGGCUGAGCAUGAGAUGUGACCCCUCCCACAAACACUCACUUCCUGUUUGAAUAUUGUCACUUUCUGAAUUGAAUGUUUGUUUCUCUGCACUUACCUUCACAAACUCUUCUUGGUCUGAGGUAGCACUUGGGAAAUGGAGGGACUUUUAGAGACGUGUGCUGUUUCUGAUGAAUGUAUCUUCAGGUGUGUUGAUUUGUUCUGUUGUGAUGAUGUCACAAUAAAAAUCAGUUUACAGCUUUGUAAGUAA